CUCGCUGAAAGUCGAGCUUACGCGGUUCGCCGUUCAAGCGCAGCGCUAACCACACUGUGCGUCCACUUUGCCCCGUAGGACCGACAAAAAAUAUGCAAAAAUAUGAGAAACUCGAGAAAAUAGGAGAAGGUACUUAUGGCACAGUAUUCAAGGCGAAAAAUCGCGAGACACACGAAAUCGUUGCACUCAAGAGAGUCCGCCUCGACGAUGAUGACGAAGGUGUUCCUUCUUCGGCGCUCAGAGAAAUCUGCUUGCUCAAAGAACUUAAACACAAAAAUAUUGUUCGAUUGUACGAUGUACUUCAUAGUGAUAAGAAACUUACUCUAGUCUUUGAACAUUGCGAUCAGGAUCUCAAGAAAUACUUUGAUAGUCUUAAUGGAGAAAUUGAUCUGGAUGUUGUCAAAUCAUUCCUUUACCAGUUACUUAGGGGUCUGGCAUUUUGUCAUAGUAGAAAUGUCCUUCAUAGGGAUCUUAAACCUCAAAACUUACUCAUCAACAAGAAUGGUGAGUUAAAGCUUGCAGACUUUGGGCUAGCAAGAGCUUUUGGUAUUCCAGUGAAAUGUUAUUCAGCCGAAGUAGUAACUCUUUGGUACCGUCCACCAGAUGUCCUGUUUGGGGCAAAACUUUAUACUACAUCAAUUGACAUGUGGAGUGCAGGUUGUAUAUUUGCUGAGUUGGCCAAUGCUGGUCGUCCUUUAUUCCCUGGCUCAGAUGUUGAUGAUCAAUUAAAAAGAAUAUUCAAAAUGUUGGGUACACCAACUGAAGAAACUUGGCCAGAAAUGACUACUCUUCCAGAUUAUAGACCUUUCCCACAAUAUCAUCCUACUCAAGGUUUAGCUCAAGUGACACCCAAACUUCCACCUAAAGGAAAAGAUCUUCUCCAGAGAUUAUUAGUAUGUAAUCCAGCUCUUCGAUUAUCAGCAGAAGAAGCAAUGGCUCACCCUUACUUUAAUGACCUGAAUCCUGCCAUUCGAAAUGACAGAUGCCAAUAACACGUUCCAAUUCUAGAUUAACACUGCUGACAAUUCAACAGCACCAGACCAAUUAUGUGUGUAUAGAGCGGCAAUGAUCGCGAUAAUGAGUCCGCAGGUGGCAGUCAAUGCGGCUGCACUCAACAAGAUCAGUUUGCUUGGUGUUACAAAAAGCUGCGCCUUCCAUCGCGAGGGGUCCGUCACAGGGUUCGGUAUGACCAC